AAGAUUUUCUCUGAGAAGAGAUUUAACGAAUGUGCUGAUGUCAGUGUUAAUUUUCCUUUCAAAUGUUGUCAUUACGACAAAUGAUUAGCUCUAUAAUUUCAUCAAAUUUUGGCGAAAAUAAAAGCUACAAAAUAGUUGUGGAUGGCAAAGACAAUUACUUCUGCCAGUGUCCUUUGCUGCUUCUUCAGAAAGUUCAUUUAAAAGAUCCUUUGACAUGUUUAAUAGAAGAAACCUUGUUUGCCCAUCAUGAGCAAUUUGGAUGUUCAACAACAUCUUUGUUAACUAUGUGCUAUUUGUGGGAUGACAUAUUUCAUAAAUUAAUGGAAGAGGGAUGUGAAGUGAAAGAUAUUAUUAAGUAUGCUCAAGUAUUUUUGGAGAAUGUAAUUUCACAGAUUUCAGAGAUUACUUUCAAAGUCGACCAAGUACUUUUUCCAAAGACAAAAACCCUUGGAAAUGAUAUUUGUGGGAAGGCAUUAAAGAAACCAAGUAUGCUCCAUCAAAGUAGUUGGCAUAAUUUAUACAAAGUAAUGCCUGAAAAAGCUAAGAAUUUAUCGGCAAAAUCAAGCAUUGGUUUAAAAUAUAGCAGCCGUCAUUUUUCACCUUUCCUGGCAUCUGAAAUAGAAACGAAUGUGAAUGAGGAAAUUCCAGGAAUGGAUAAAAAUAUUUUUCAAAGUUGUCCUGAUAGUGAAGAACAUUUGUCAAAAGAAACAACUGAUCGUCUGUAUGCUGUAGUCUGUAAACUUAGUCGAGGUAAUGAAGAAUAUGCAAAGUUAGCUCACAAGAUAUGGGUUCAGCAAAUUUUGACUACUAAGUCCUUAAAGUAAUAAAAGGGAGUAUUACAUUUGAG